GUCAGACCAGAAAAAGAAGUGACUCUCUCUUCCAGAGGUUUUAGGGUUCAAUACAAGGAUUUAAAAAGAAGAAUAGUUUAUCUGCCAAAUUAUAAUUUCCACUAUUUUUUAUGGAGACUCUCUGUCUCACGACAGAGUCGUCAGUUGGAAGAAUGGAGGAGGAGGAAGAGGAGGAUCUUGUGUCUGGGACAUUCACCUGGAGAAUCGACAACUUCUCCACGCUGAACAAGCAAAAGCAUUAUUCUGAUGUUUUCGUCGUUGGUGGCUAUAAAUGGCGGAUCCUUAUAUUUCCCAAGGGGAACAACGUAGAUUACUUGUCCGUGUAUUUGGAUGUUGCAGACGCUUCAACAUUGUCAUCUGGGUCGACCAGAUAUGCCAAGUUCAGGCUCACCCUGGUUAAUCAAGUUGAUAGCAAGAAGUCAAUCACAAAGGAUACAGAACAUGAGUUUGUGGCAAAUGACUGGGGCUUUACAUCAUUCAUUCUUCUAAGUGAGCUUUGUGAUCAUGAUAAAGGGUAUCUUGUCAAUGAUUUCUGUGUUGUUGAAGCCGAAGUUUCAGUUUGUAAUGGCAUUAAGAUUUUAGAAGACCAAGAAACUGGGGAGCUUAUCGAUUUUAGGGGCUUAGGACGAGUAGAGAAAACUUUUGUGCCAUUUCUAGAGGAAGUUUGUUCGUCGUAUCCUUCCUUGCUCGAGUGCCAUAAGAAGAGAAGUCGUACGUUUAUUCAAUGUGCCUUCACAGCUUUGGGCCGACUCUUGCGUUUUCUGAAGACUACAAAGGCCAAGGAUAUGACCCGUGAUGCUUGUAAACGCCUUCAACUGUUAUGGGAGGAGCUUGAGACCUUCAAAUUUGACUUGGUUUGGCUGGAGCCUCAUGUUCAAUCGGUUUUGGUCAUGAAGAGAAGGGCAGGAAGAGUUGAUAGACUGAGAGAAGAUGUGGAAAUUUUGGAGAAUGAAAUAAAGAGGCGAAGGGAUGUCCUCGCUGUUGCAGAAGUUGAUCUUGAGGCAGCGAAAAGAGACUUGGCAAAGGCAGAAGAAGAGUUCAAGAUAGAUAUGGAUACUGAGCUAGGCUAUCCAUUACCUUAAUUUACUGUACAAGUUUCUCUUGGGUGCAUAUUUUUGUCUCUUUGACGAAGAUAUCCAGUGUUACGUAUAAUAUGUACUAGUAAAACUUCGGCGGUUAUGAAUUUUUAAAAUUUAUAUUUGCAA